ACCCAUGUGGCAUUCUAGAGCACUUAUCACUGCUAAGUCGUCAAGGCAACCCGCUAAAAUAAGGCCCUGACAAGGAGGUGUGAGAGUGACUGAGAAAAAAGGCAAGGAAAACAACUCUUUUACACCGGAGCCAAGCAAACCAGUUUUGUGGCAAUUUGACAGACAUUUAACCGUAUAUAUAUAUUUGGUUGGCUGGUCAAGAAUUUGCCAGAAGUUUUGACUAUUCUCACUAUGGAAGGAUAUCUCCCUGAUAAGGGAACAUAGGGGGCAGCAGCUGCGCCUCCCAAAUGUCUGGCACUGGGAAACAACAUGGGCAUAGUGGUGUCCAGAGUGACUAACUGUCGUGUAGAACCAUCCAGAAAACGCAGCAGCGCCUUGCAACCAAAAAACAACUCCCCCUACAGGAAGGUCAAUGGUACUAUCAAAUCAUCCCAAUGUCACACACUGACUCCAGUACAGAGACAGACCCAAGGUACAUGUGUGUGUGCAUACUGUUGUCCAGUAGUGUGUGAGCCUGAGGUGCAGGAGGUGUUAAUUCCUACCUUCCCAGAGAGGGUAAGUGUGCAGAGAGGCUACAUCACCCCCCAGCAGGUAUAUAACCUGUUGAACGCAGAGGCUGGACAUCCCGCUCUACAUGAUCCGAAUUACAUCCUCAUCCUGGACUGUCGCAGUGCAGAGAGGUACAAGCAGAGUCAUCUGGUUACAGCCAGGGCUAGUGUGACAGUGAUCCACCCAGAUCUGGGCUGUCUGAUCAGCUGUGUGCAGCUCCAGGAGUUCUCUAUCAUAUUGUUGUACGCUGAGGAGGGCCACAGCCCAGUGGGCAGUUUGGAGGCCAGGGCAGUCUCCCCGUUCCUCCAGCGCUGCUUCUUCCAGCUCAGUGACCUGGGCAUGGACCCUGUCAUCCUCCUAGGGGGCUUUGCCGCCUUCCACACCCUCUACCCCUUCCUCUGCAACUCCCGCAUGGCUCUUCUAGAGCCCGACAGGUACGCCCUCACCAUCUACCCCUCUGAGAUCCUGGAGGGGGAGCUCUACCAGGGCUCAGCUGCUCAGGCCUCUGACUACCACAUCCUUGAGAACCUUAACAUCACCCAUGUGGUCAACGCUACGGCUGAAUGCCCUGAUGCAUUUCCCAGCACCCUCAGCUACCUGAGGCUGCGGCUGAGUGAUGACGCCCAGCAGGACUUAGUGGAGGCGCUGCCCCAGGCUGCGAGGUUCAUCGCUGGAGCCCUGAGAAGCGAGGUUGGGGGUAGGGUGCUGGUGCACUGCAGCAUGGGGCGGAGCCGUAGCUCAGCGCUAACGCUAGCCUUCCUAAUGCAGCACCAGCGCUGGACACUGCUGCAUGCCAUCCGCUGGCUGAAGGAGAGGAGAGCAUGCACGGCGCCCAACGUGAACUUCCUGCGGCAGCUGUUGACCUACGAGGAGCAGCUGUUUGGACGAAGGCUUACCUCGCUGGACGACAUCCGCCUGUGAAGUUAUGUGGUUUGGGCAGUGCAGUUUCUGGGCAUAAUUCAUGGAGAGGGAGGUGGACUGUGGACAGAGCCCACUGUGAUUCAAAUAAUGGCGUUUUUAAAGACUCAUUGGGAGAGUUGUAUGACCUUGAUGGUCUUAAUAAUUUUAAGCAGUUUGGUUUUCUUUGUCAUUGUUGCCCUAGGUCUAGGACUGUGUUUUAUUAAGGGUUAUUUGAGGGAUGAUGUUUUUUCAGAACACUAGGACGCUGAUGUUGCAGCAUUAGAGUGAAUAAGGGGAGAGGAAGUGAAUAUAUUUGCAUCAGUGCUGAUACCAGCUUAUACAGAGGCCAUCUGUGUAUUCAAUGCUUGGUUAGAAACUUGUUCAGCUCUAAUAUUUUGUCUGGGACCUGGUAGAGCUACAAAUAAUAUAAACAUAUUUCCCUGUUCUCCUAUCACUGAACAUAAAACUACUGAACAGUUAUGCUUAGAAGAAAGCAGAGUCAUUUGGUGGUUACUAGACAUUUUGCAUUCAAAGUGAGGAUGCUCUGUGUAUGAAACACGCGGACAUAAAUUCCAGUUGAAAGGGCCUCAAGAGGUCAACGUUGGGUUAUUAUUGCCAUAUCGUUUACACCUGUGUCCAGGCCUUUGAAUGGAGUAAUGAAAGGCAGAGGAAAUGGAGGGAGUAACCUACAUAAAUUAGUAUGAUAGUGUGUUUUAAAAACUGUGAACAGGUCACUGCAAAGAUAAAGGAGAAUGGG